GUAGUUGUAUUCUGUGGAAAGUGCUGUCAAAUUCAAAAUUAAGCAAUUAGCAAAUCUAUUGCAAAUCAUUGUUUUCACUUUUUCUGUGUUCAAAUCUUUGAAGAGAUUUUCAUAGAAUAAACUAUAUUUAGGAUAAUAUUGUUCAGCUACCAGUAUUCACUUUAGCUCAUAAGUUGUUAGCCAAUAUAAGAUCCAACGAAUACCAUGCCGAACAUCAAAUUGCAAUCGUCAGAUAAUGAGAUCUUUGAUGUUGACGUUGAAAUCGCUAAAUGUUCGGUUACUAUAAAAACGAUGCUGGAAGACUUGGGGAUGGACGACGACGAGGAAGAAGUGGUUCCUUUACCGAACGUGAAUUCUGCUAUCUUAAAGAAGGUAAUCCAAUGGGCUACUUUUCACAAAGAUGAUCCUCCUCUACCCGAAGACGACGAAAACAAAGAAAAACGAACAGACGACAUUUCUUCAUGGGAUGCAGACUUCUUGAAAGUAGACCAAGGCACAUUAUUUGAACUAAUACUGGCAGCUAAUUAUUUAGAUAUUAAAGGGCUGUUGGAUGUUACAUGUAAGACAGUAGCAAAUAUGAUAAAAGGCAAAACACCUGAAGAGAUUCGUAAAACAUUUAAUAUCAAAAAUGAUUUUACAGCAGCUGAAGAAGAACAGGUGCGCAAAGAAAAUGAAUGGUGUGAAGAGAAAUAAUGUUAUGAAUAAUUAUAUAAACAACUUACACUAAUAAGAAGUAUCAAAUAACAUUUGUGAUUUUCUGCUUCCAGUUUGAAAUUGCAUUAAAAUAUGUAUCCCCAGAAUUAAUUACCUUUCAGCUAGUUAUGUAUACAUAUUAAUGUAAUACAAAAAUACAGCAAGUCAUAAUAUUCCAGUUUAAGGACAGUUUUGAUGUAUAUCAAUAGCUUUCUUUGAAUCUCCAUCUGUUUUUAUUUAAAAUAAUAAAGCUGAUUAAGAAAACGCAGCAUUUCUUACCUUGUCUAUUAAUGAAUGCAUUAUGGUGUGUUCUUUUAGUUUUAAAUAAAAUAUUGUUGUCGAGUCUGUGAAUAAAACUUUAUCACUGAUAUUAGAUUCACCUUUGA